GAAGGGCGGGGCUCCCGGCGGGAAACUCCCCUUCCAAGGCCGAGGCUCGGCUGCGCGUCCCUGAGGCGUGGUAGUGGGGUCUUGGGCGCUAGCCUAGUGGUCCAGGUCACCAGCCGCGCAGCCGCGGCCGCCAUCUUGCCCGCGUCCGGGCUCCUGCGGCGGGAGGGGCUGCGUCCUGACCGGAAGCGGCUGUGCGGCGGCGGCGCUGCCGCUUCAGGUCAGUGGGUGCGACUCGGGCUGCGCCUCCGCUCUGGGGAGCGCUGCGACUGCAGCGAAGGGCCCAAGAUAGCCUAGUUGAAAGGCCUGGGCGUCUCGGCGGGGAGUGCGUUCCGCGCUGUGGGGUCAUCGUGCCUGGCGGCCUGCUGGGCCUCACAGGGAACUAUCGGGGAUUGCGGGCGGCCGCGAGGCGCGCGGGGACCUCCUCGGGGCGCAGGGGCCGGGCUGCAGCCUUCGCCGCGGCAGGCUUGUAGAGAGCGGCGGCCUAGCCUUUCCCCUGAGGCUCAGUCAGGUGCCUGGAGCGGGAGAGUCGCAUUCAGAGUCCUGCUUUACCUGGAAUUGCAACGUGCCCUGUUCCAGUUGUACCCUAUUAAAUACUGUACUUAAACGGCGUAUCUCCCGUGCUGUUCCAGAUAUUCUGGUGAAUGAACACAGAAUCAGCAUUGCUUUCCUUUGCUGAGAAACCACUGAUGGGAAGUGAGACUUGUUAAACUUGAAGUGAAUGGACCUGAGUGGACCCUUUGCGCACAUCAGUAAACAUGAGCGGUACCAAACCAGAUAUUUUGUGGGCACCACACCAGGUUGAUAGAUUUGUUGUAUGUGACUCAGAACUAAGUCUUUAUCAUGUGGAAUCUACUGUGAAUUCAGAACUCAAAGCUGGAUCUUUACGUUUAUCUGAAGACUCUGCAGCUACGUUACUGUCAAUAAAUUCAGAUACACCCUAUAUGAAAUGUGUUGCCUGGUAUCUCAAUUAUGAUCCUGAAUGUCUGCUGGCAGUUGGACAAGCAAAUGGUCGAGUUGUACUUACAAGUCUUGGCCAAGAUCAUAACUCAAAGUUCAAAGAUUUGAUAGGAAAAGAGUUUGUUCCAAAACAUGCAAGACAGUGUAAUACCCUUGCCUGGAAUCCACUGGAUAGUAACUGGCUUGCUGCUGGUUUAGAUAAGCACAGAGCUGACUUUUCAGUGCUAAUAUGGGAUAUCUGCAGCAAAUACACGCCUGAUAUAGUUCCCAUGGAAAAAGUGAGACUUUCAGCAGGUGAAACUGAAACAACAUUAUUAGUAACAAAACCUCUUUAUGAGUUAGGACAGAAUGACGCUUGUCUCUCUCUUUGUUGGCUUCCACGAGACCAGAAACUUCUCCUUGCUGGUAUGCAUCGUAACCUAGCUAUAUUCGAUCUUCGGAAUACAAGCCAAAAGAUGUUUGUAAAUACAAAAGCUGUUCAGGGUGUGACAGUAGACCCAUAUUUCCACGAUCGUGUUGCUUCCUUCUAUGAAGGUCAGGUUGCAAUAUGGGAUCUUAGAAAAUUUGAGAAGCCAGUUUUGACUUUGACUGAGCAACCAAAACCCUUAACAAAAGUAGCAUGGUGUCCCACUAGGACUGGUCUACUUGCCACUUUAACAAGGGAUAGUAAUAUUAUUAGAUUAUAUGAUAUGCAGCAUACACCCACUCCCAUUGGGGAUGAAACUGAGCCCACAAUAAUUGAAAGAAGUGUACAGCCUUGUGACAAUUACAUUGCUUCCUUUGCAUGGCAUCCAACAAGUCAAAAUCGAAUGAUAGUUGUAACUCCCAACCGAACAAUGUCUGACUUCACUGUUUUUGAAAGGAUAUCUCUUGCCUGGAGCCCAAUUACAUCUUUAAUGUGGGCCUGUGGUCGUCAUUUGUAUGAAUGUACAGAAGAAGAAAAUGAUAAUUCUUUAGAAAAAGAUAUAGCAACGAAGAUGCGCCUUCGGGCUUUAUCGAGGUAUGGACUUGAUACAGAGCAGGUGUGGAGAAACCACAUUUUAGCUGGAAAUGAAGAUCCACAGCUCAAGUCACUCUGGUAUACUCUGCACUUUAUGAAGCAAUAUACAGAAGAUAUGGAUCAGAAAUCUCCAGGCAACAAAGGAUCAUUGGUUUAUGCAGGAAUUAAAUCAAUUGUAAAGUCAUCUUUGGGAAUGGUGGAAAGCAGCAGACAUAAUUGGAGUGGGUUGGAUAAGCAAAGUGAUAUUCAAAAUUUAAAUGAAGAGAGAAUCUUAGCUUUACAACUUUGUGGGUGGAUAAAGAAAGGAACGGAUAUAGAUGUGGGGCCAUUUUUGAACUCCCUUGUACAAGAAGGGGAAUGGGAGAGAGCUGCUGCUGUGGCAUUGUUCAACUUGGAUAUUCGCCGAGCAAUCCAAAUCCUGAAUGAAGGGGCAUCUUCUGAAAAAGGAGAUCUGAAUCUCAAUGUGGUAGCAAUGGCUUUAUCGGGUUAUACGGAUGAGAAGAACUCCCUUUGGAGAGAAAUGUGUAGCACACUGCGAUUACAACUAAACAACCCAUAUUUGUGUGUCAUGUUUGCAUUUCUGACAAGUGAAGCAGGAUCUUAUGAUGGAGUUUUGUAUGAAGACAAAGUUGCAGUACGUGACAGAGUGGCAUUUGCUUGCAAAUUCCUUAGUGAUACUCAGUUAAAUAGAUACAUUGAAAAGUUGACCAAUGAAAUGAAAGAAGCUGGAAAUUUGGAAGGAAUUUUGCUUACAGGCCUUACUAAAGAUGGAGUGGACUUAAUGGAGAGUUAUGUUGAUAGAACUGGAGAUGUUCAAACAGCAAGUUACUGCAUGUUACAGGGUUCACCUUUAGAUGUUCUUAAAGAUGAAAGGGUUCAAUACUGGAUUGAGAAUUAUAGAAAUUUAUUAGAUGCCUGGAGGUUUUGGCAUAAACGAGCUGAAUUUGAUAUUCACAGGAGUAAGUUGGAUCCCAGUUCCAAGCCUUUAGCACAAGUUUUUGUGAGUUGCAAUUUCUGUGGCAAGUCAAUCUCCUACAGCUGUUCAGCUGUGCCUCAUCAGGGCAGAGGUUUUAGUCAGUAUGGUGUGAGUGGCUCACCAACGAAAUCUAAAGUCACAAGUUGUCCUGGCUGUCGAAAACCCCUUCCUCGAUGUGCACUUUGUCUCAUUAAUAUGGGAACACCAGUUUCUAGCUGUCCUGGAGGAACCAAAUCAGAUGAAAAAGUGGACUUAAGUAAGGACAAAAAACUAGCCCAGUUUAACAACUGGUUUACAUGGUGUCACAAUUGCAGGCACGGUGGGCAUGCCGGACAUAUGCUUAGUUGGUUCAGGGACCACGCAGAGUGCCCUGUGUCUGCAUGCACGUGUAAAUGUAUGCAGUUGGAUACAACAGGGAAUCUGGUACCUGCAGAGACUGUCCAGCCAUAAAAUGUUAUCACCUUAAGAGAAACCUUCAAGUGUGGAGCUUUCUAAUAGGUGUCCUUCAUAGCUCAGAAACAUACCUCAGAACAAGUCAUUCAUGACUUCCCUGUAAUGGGAAAAUAAAUCAUUCUAUCAGAUCAGCAA